AUGUUCUUUGCAAGAAUAUCACCGUCCCAAGUCCCCUAUCUUGGACAGCGGAUUUCGCAACGAUACCUGAUGUCCCCCACGUCGCAGUUCAGCAAGGAGCCUCUCACCCUGGGCACGAUGCUGAGGAGUGACUCCGGGCGGACCUAUAAGAUUGAAGAAGUCCUUGCUGACCGGAGAAAGCCACUGCUAUGUGUAUACCGUGCCAGCGCCGACGGGAAGGAUUACAUUGCGAAGAACAUGAUCCAAGGCGAGUUCGAGUACCAACUGAACUUGCAGAGAUCGCUGUCUACUUGCCCAAACGUGCGAGGAGUGAUCGAUACCGUCCAAGAGCACGAGGUUUUUAUCUACCCCUUCUUGUCUGGAAACUUGCUACGUUUGAGCCAGAAAAACUUAUCCGAAGAGACAAGAAGGCACGUUCUCCGAAGUGCUUUACGUGGCCUUGCCGAUAUGCAUGAUAGGGAUGUCCUGCAUAAUGGGAAGUCUGGUGUUCCAGAUGAUUGCCCUUAUCAUAAUUAUGAGGAAAGUGCUGAAGGUGGAGUAAUCAUCAAAGAUGUGCAAAUCUCAGAUCUCGAGGAUACCGUCAUCGUACCACCAGGGAAGUGGCUGAGAGGUCCACUUUGUGGCAAUGCGAUAUGGAGGAGCGCUGAGAGUUGGUGCCGAUCUCGCCAAAAUCAGGCCUCAGAUGUGUUUUCUUUUGGGAUUGUGACUGCUAAUGCUCUCUUUGAGAUGAUAUAUGUGAUGCUCAAUGAAAUGGUCUUCCGCGUUAGUGACGACCAGCUGAAAUCGGCGGACUCGUGGCGCUAUAUACUCCGUCGACAUAUAUCUUACUUCGCAGAUGAAGACGGCUUGAAUGGGUUCCUCGAACAUAUAGGAGAAGAAAACCCCUUCUACAAGCGCUUAAUAGACCUCGCCGAUAGCUUUGGUCCAGGGAAUCCCAGGCAGCCUUUUCAGCGUUGGGGCUAUGUAGAACCAGAGCUGAGGGACCUGGUGGGCAAGAUGACAAAUCUAGACCCAACAAAGAGGAUAAAUGCGAGAGAAGCACUUCAGCACCGGUGGUUCAGACAAACUACCUACCUAGGGUAG